CUGUGUAAAAGUUUAGAUCUUUUCAUCAGAUGAUUCGCCUCAACAGGCAAUUGAUAUCUCUACACAAGUUAGAUAGAUCUAGGUCUAAAAUAGAAGUCAUAUCAUAAUGGAUUCGUCAUUUUCAGACAUUGAAGAUGUAUACCAGCGAUAUGCGUACGUUGAAGAGGAAGAGCUCAGUGAUAUAUCAGACCCAGCCGAAUCACAUGAAAAUAUAGGAGAGGAAGGAGGUACCCACAGACUGCAAGCAGGUAGGCGAGUAAGGAGGGACAAAGAACAAGGCCAUGGAGAAAGCAGCGAAGGUCAUGUUGGAGAAGGUACUGGUAAAUCAUCCAGAGGUAGUCAAGGAGGCAGAGGAAAAGGAAGACCCAGAGAAGGAGGCAGCAAAGGAUGGGUAGGAAAAAGAGUAAGCAUUGUAACAGGCACUGGCAGAGGAAGAGGCACAGGAACCAGUAAAGGACAGGUUGGAAGAGAAUCCAUAGGCAGAGGAAGAGGUGCAGGAACCAGCAAAGAAGGACAGGUUGGUAGAGAAUCCAUGGGCAGAGGAAGAGGUGCAGGAAAUAGCAAAGGACAGGUUGGAACAGAAUCCAUGGCCAGAGGAAGAGGUGCAGGAACCAGCAAAGAAGGACAGGUUGGAACAGAAUCCAUGGGCAGAGGAAGAGGUGCAGGAAAUAGCAAAGGACAGGUUGGAACAGAAUCCAUGGCCAGAGGAAGAGGUGCAGGAACCAGCAAAGAAGGACAGGUUGGAACAGAAUCCAUGGGCAGAGGAAGAGGUGCAGGAACCAGCAAAGAACAUAUUGGAGGAGGAAACAGAGGGAUGAGAGGAAGGAGAGGCAGAGUGUCUCAAGUUGGGCGUAGAGGCAGAGGUUCUAGAACUGGACAAGGACUUGGAGGAAUGGGUAGUGCCUAUGCAGAAGAUAGUGUAGAAGGAGGCAGCAGCAACCAAGGAGAUGGUGGAGAAGGCCCCAUUGAACGUGAAGGCAGAGGACAGGGCAGUGGCCGAGGACGAGGCAGUGGCCGUGGACGAGGCAGAGGUCGACGUGGAGGAGGAGGACAUGAUGCCGAGGUUGCUCGAAUUGAAGGUCUGCGUCAAGAUCGUCGUGAGAGAUUGAAGGUGAAAGUAAGAGAUAUGACGAGGGAACAAUUGGAGGACCUUGUCAUAAGGCAAGUGGAGAGGGAGCCAGGGCUUAUCAUAGAUUUAAUGAACCAGGGCCAGGCAACACCCCCAUCCCCAGGUGAAACACAACGAGACAUCCCAUCAUGGUGUGUUUGCAACAAUUGCACAGUGAAGCCUACAGAUCGGGAGAAUGUGUGUUGCGGAUACACACCUAAUGAGUGCCUCACAAGACAUGGUACCUUUGCUCUCAUAAUAGAUGAGGCAAACCUGGCACUUCAGAGGGCAAUGUGGAACGAUGCUUACAACCUUCUUGUGGCAGCUGAGGAACCAGGCCAGGCCAAUAAAUCCAUGAGGCACUCGGCCUAUAGGUCCGUAAUUUUUUGGCAGCAUGGGACAUUGGGAAGGGGUAAUAGAAGAGUUGUCCCCAGCUGCUGUUCGGACAAGAUUCAUGAGAGAUACCCAUCCCCUAAUGAUCAGUACACUGGAUUCAUCCCAGGAAGAUUUGUUUAGCUUGGUCUUCCUCAUCUUCCGUUCAACUUCUGUAGUUCAAUAGAAACCUUUAUUGAUUAGUGUCUUAGGUUUUGUUUGUUUUCACACUAGCUAACUUUCCGAAAUUUCAUUCUCUUUUAAAGCUCUAUUCAAACACAAGAAGUGAAAUAUUUCUAUAAUGUUAUCAAAAGGCAAAGUACACCUUAACACCGGGUCGGAUUAUAACAAAAAUCAAACACAAAAAAAGUCAAGUAGAAAUUACAUCACUACGAUUUAUUCUGUUUGACAAGUUACAUACGCAUCAGGGGUGAUAUAACAUGGACCACUGACAACACACAUCACUUUUUUUUUUUGCAACUACUUCAACUGUAGGUAACAAACAAAGUAAUUUCUCAUAGUGCCCAGUUUCCAGGCUGACCAUUUCUUUCCACAAGAUAAAAAUGAGUUGUUUUAUACAUUAUAAGGUGCAUAUGUUAUAUGUCAUUUUCCAUGGUAUAUGUUUGAUUCUUACGACAUAUUGAUCAGAUGAACCAUAUUCGAAGUAGCUUACUUAAUUACAUUGCCAUGUCAUUACAUUAUAGCAACUGACAAGAUAUAGAUACAUUGUAACUGUAGAUCAAUGCAAUUAAAGUUACAUUCAUUGAUCGAACUUAUUUUGACAUGCAACCUUAGUUGAAAACGUACUCAUACAUUGUAUAAGCAUGAAAGUUGUAAUGAUAAAAGGUAACCAUUUCUGAUUGAGAGAAAACAGACAAACUGUAAAAUGUAUCAGUGAAAGGACUUAUAUGAAUGUAUAUACAAUAUGCAACUGAAGACCAUUAUUUUUUCAUGUAGUUUUAAUUCUAAACAUUUAUUUGUACCUUGAUUAUAUGUAUAAAGAAUGCCAUGAUCAUAAAAUCAUGUCUUUUGAAAGAAAAAAAUACAACUUCCUUUUGGCGAUGUAGGCAAGUUACACCACAGGUGCCUCAUAUAAAAGCAUGAACAAAAUUAUGUUCUUCAAAUGGUUGAACGGUUUGGGUUCAGUGUAAUACUGGCUUCUGCUUAUAUUUAAGAUUUUGCAAUGUCAUGUAAAAUAAUCAUAGGACAUAUACUGUACAGCUAUUCUACAGAGGAACAUUAUUUUUUGGUCGUAGAAUUUUUUCCUUCUCAAAAUAUUGAUGGUGACGACAGGGACAACAUAAAACUGACAAUAACAGAAAUAAACAGGAUUAUAUAUCCAGCUUGUCACAAAAUAAGAAAAUAUACUGCACUUUGAGCAACUGAAAUACCCCCCUCAAAUAAGUGCGACAAGAUCAAAUUAAUUUUCCAAUAGAUGUUUUGGAGUAUAUUUUCACAAGGAGUUGAGUGUGACACGCAAUCUAAUUGAUAUGCAGUAGUGCAUGUCAUCUUACAUAACAUGACUUGACCAUGUGAUAUUCUUAAUAAUGCAUGCAUUUGGAAAUUUAAGUGCAACUCUAAAUCUUACUUUUAAAAGAUCUUUGUGAAACACCCCACUGGUCUACAAAUUCCUUGGACUUUUGAAAAUAAAAACUGUAAUAUUUACUUUUGCAUGUUUGCUAUAUUUGAUAUGUUAUUCUUCAUUAAACCAAACCAAAGAUAUUUGUUGAUCUUCCCCGAUAAAACGUGUGGUUGCUGGUAAUUUGCAUAUCAUGGUUACAAGAAAAGGAAAGAGUUUAAAAGAAAAUGUAGAGAAGGCAGAGGGGGAUAUUUACAUCUUCAUUGAGUGAAAAAAAGGUAAUGUGUCGCAAGUUACAGCAGUUCUAAAGUUGAUUUUGAGCAACUUGUGUGGACAAUACUAAUUAUUUUCUUCAAUGAAAUAGAGUACCCAAGUGAUGUCACAAAAACCUUGGCUUUCAUCGAAUUCAAUACCAUAUUUCGGUAGAGCAUGGUAAAAAAAUUCCUAUUAGCCGAUUUGGUGGGAAUCAGUCCAUGGGGCUCGAAGAUAAGACCUUAUAUCUAAAGGCUCCAUGAACCAUUUCCACCAACUUUGGCUUAGAGGGGUUUUUUAAUCAUGCUAUACCAAAAUGUGUCAAAAAUGCUGACAUGCAAAACAGGAAAAUUGGUGACAUGAGUCUUUGGUACUCUAUGUAUGUAUGUAAUAAUGGUAUUGUUGUUCUUUGAAAAGUAGGAUAACCUACAAUACUGUGAAAUGGGGGGGGGGGAGAUAGGAGUAUUAUCUACAUCAAAUGAAAAAUUUAAAGUGGGAAUUACAAAUGGUUGAUUUCAUUCAACCAAAGUUUGUGAUAAUAAUAUUAAAAUUUUAUUUUUUAAUAAAAAUAAAACGAAAACUACCACAAAAAGGGGGGGGGGGGAAAACCGUCUUCAAUGCACAAAAGAUUUCAUUGCACAAAAGCAGAGUUCAAAAUCAAUCACCAAUUUAAUUUGUGCUGCUAGAACCUGGCUUGCAAUGUUUCUUGCAACGACCUAUUGCUAUGGAACUUACAAACGGCCAUCUUCUCAAAAACAAUUUUGGUGAUAAUAUUCUCCCUAUUACUGAUAAGAUAGGAAGAUAAAACCAACAAUACCUUGAAAAGUGCAAAGAAUACUUGAACAAUGUUUGCGGUUGAUCACUCAGAACAUCAUUCAUUAUGAGAAUGAUAGAAGACCCUGUGACCUUUGACCUCAUUCGACCUUGCGACAGAAAAGUCUUUCAGGGGAGCGUUUCAUCAAUAUUUUUGUCUGACAAGUUGUCAGAUCUGACAACUUUCCUUGAUAAUGAUUGG